AUGUUAAUAAAACCAUCACCAUAUACCCUUCAGAGUCUACGUGGGUCGUUCUUCCAAAAAAGUAUACGAUUUCAGUCUUCAGUCACAUUUCUCAACAACAAAACUUUAACACAACAAAAGAAACAAGCAAAGCAGAAGGGCAAACAUACACAAUACCAUACCAAUACCAACGUUAAAGUGAAAUCCAUAGCUAAAGCAUCAGAUACGACAGAUACCAAGGUACCGAUUCAUAUCCAAAGAAAAAAGAAAAGGUUCGAUUACUCUACGCUACCCAAAGUGGAACCCAUAACAAACUUAAGACAUAAUGAAAUAUCAACUGAUAUACUAUAUUCUGGAUAUAGACCGCUAUUUCUUAACUUCAAGGAUCUGGAAAAUAGUAGUCGGAAAGCGGAAUUUGGGAACAGUAAUAACAGUACGUUAUAUGAAAUUGCUAUGAAAUUGGAUGAUUUAUCACCUGAGGCUAUAAGUGGUUCAACAUCUUCAAAUUUUUGGCAUUCUACUUCUGCUACGGGAAUGGAAGUGUUCGAUGAAUGGGAUAAUGUACCCAAUUCGAUAUUAAAGAAUCUGAAACCUUUUCAGGCGCCGGUCAAGAAGAACCUUACUCAUAAGGAAACCAUCAUCUCAUUAAAGAAGGGGAUUACUGGCAGCUCAAGAGCAGAAACAUUUUUGAAGAAAGUUAGCAAUAUACUGAAUAACAAGAGAAGAAAGGGGAGAAAAAGACCCAUCGUGUCGUUGUUGCAACUGAGAAAGAAGAUGAGAGAGGAUGAAGAUUAG